CCGCAAUAGCUUCCUGUGACGUCAGCUCGCUCCUGCUCUGUAAUGUUUUAUUUUUUUUAAUGUCUCUUCUUUAAAUAUAAUGUCGUCAUUUUCUGAAUGUAUCCUUGCCUUUCGUGUCCCUGGGUCGACAUGAGCUUUGUUUAGUCGUCUGUGGAAAAGUAAAGCGUCACUUCGUUCAGAUUUGCGGCGUUUUCUGACGGCUAGCUAGCUGAGCUAUUGCUAGGUAACGUUAUCUGUCAAUGGUUUGUGAGUGACAUCAGCUAAUCCGGGUGCUACAGUCAUUACUGGAGUGUGGUACUUUACACAACAAGGCUGUCUGACUCAAACUGUGACACAAGUACCUUCAGUUUGUCUGGUUAGACUAUAAAUACACCUGCCUAAUAUUUGAUCUGAAACGUUUAAGUUGGUAAUAAUAUGUGAAAUGAUUGGUGUGGGGUUUUUCCAUGAAUGGGAUUUAUGUUUCAUGUUUGCUGCGUACAGAUUUAUUUAAUUUUUUAUGUUCUUUUUGGUCACACUUUAAGGUUUCAGAUGAUUGACUAAUUUUAAUACCACACAAAGGAAAUUUAGGUUUAAAAUGUUGAUUUCUUUUCUCAAAAGUAAAAUCCUAUCCAAACCCUGAUCCUAAGUAAUAAAGUAGUUUCUCACUAAACCUAAAAUCUGCUACCUGUUUUACAACCAACCUUAGAGAAAUAUGGUGCACCAGAUUUUUAUUUAUUUAUUUUGUUGCAUAAUUGUUUUAAUUAAUCUCAAAAAUACUUUAUUUGGUCAAAAGGGAACUUAAAUGUCUUCCUAACUCAUAUCUUCAAGUAUCUUCAAAGAGUUGUUGAGGAAGGUUGUGGAGAAGAAUCUCCAGUUGCAGGCUGUCUUGCAACUCUUGCAAACUGCCUCUAACUGAAGACUGUUAAUGUAGAGUUCAAUACUGAGGCAGCAGAAACGGUACUCCACAGUAACAUGUCCUGGAUGACACCAUAAGGGGUUGGCAAGCACUGUUAAUCCAGUUCAUUCGCUUUUGUUUGUCUUUACUUCAGAUUUAAUGAGCUGCUGAGCCGUCCGGUUGGCUAAAUUACAAAAAAGUCAUUUUUGGGAAGAAUUACUGUAAGAAUUGGUCUGCGGUGUUUUUAACCUUGACAUAUUUUUGUUUACCUUGUUUCUUUUUUGUUGUUGAGUCAGGUUUUAUCACCCUGACCUUAUUGGAGGAUGGAGAACUCAGAGGCCGGUCUGUCAUCGAGGUCUCUUCCGGCGUUGGACCGGAGCGUGUCGAGAUCCUCCGGCUGUCCUGAUCAGCAGCCGGACUCGACCAGGUCAUCGAAGCACAGGGACCAAACGUCCAGGUCACCUAGGAGACGGAAGGAGGGGAAGAGGUCACAGCAGCGGGUGGAUGAUCACGAGCAGCGGCUGUGGGAGAUGGAGCGGCGGAGGUUGCCAGGCCAACACGAGCACUUGGAGCCCGCCGGUUCAUUGUGCGGCGCAGCAGAAAGCUCUCCAAAGAGAAGAGCUCACUUUCUGCAUGGACCGUAUCCAGCCACUCACUUUGGACCCAAAGCCUGCAUUCUCCCCAACCCAACUUCAGUCAUGCACAUCCAGGACCCGGUAAGUCAGAGGCUCACCUGGAACAAAGCUCCCGUCAACGUGCUCGUCAUCAGGAAGAUCAGGGACGAGAGUCUGGUCGAGCCUUUCAAAGAGCUCUGCAGGUUUCUAGUAGAGGAGAAGCAGAUGAUGGUGUAUGUGGAGCGCAGGGUAGCAGACGACGCCACGCUGUCGAAGGACGAGGCCUUCGGCUCCAUCCGCAAUCAGCUCUGCACCUUCAGAGAGGGUUAUGACGAUAUCUCCGACUGCAUCGACCUGAUCAUUUGUCUGGGUGGCGAUGGGACGCUGCUUUAUGCCUCUUCUCUCUUUCAGGGCAGCGUCCCGCCGGUGAUGGCGUUCCACCUCGGCUCUCUGGGGUUCCUGACUCCCUUCAAGUUUGAGUCGUACAGAACCGAAGUGGCCAAAGUGUUGGAAGGGAACGCGGCCAUCACUCUGCGCAGCCGGCUGAAGGUGAAGGUGGUGAAGGAUAUGCUUCAGAGGACGGGGCAGCAGCCGGAGAGCAGAGAGAUGGAGCACAACGGCCUCCUUCCUCAUGGACACACCAAUAGCGAGGCUGGGAAGGUCACCCUGCAGCUACAGGUGCUGAAUGAAGUGGUGGUGGACCGAGGCCCGUCUUCCUAUCUGUCCAACGUUGACUUGUACCUCGAUGGGAGGCUCAUUACUUCGGUCCAGGGAGACGGGGUGAUCGUGUCCACGCCCACCGGCAGCACGGCGUACGCAGCUGCAGCAGGAGCCUCGAUGAUCCACCCCAACGUCCCCGCCAUCAUGGUCACACCCAUCUGUCCACACUCCCUGUCCUUCAGGCCCAUCGUGGUUCCUGCUGGAGUGGAGCUCAUGAUCACUCUGUCCCCUGAAGCCAGGAAUAACGUCUGGGUGUCGUUUGAUGGCAGGAGGAGACAGGAGAUCCAGCAUGGAGACUGCAUCAAGAUCACCACGUCUUGUUACCCCGUGCCGUCCAUCUGCUGCCAUGACCUGGUGUACGACUGGUUCGAAAGCCUGGCGCAGUGCUUGCACUGGAACGUUCGCAAGAGGCAGGCCCGACUCGCCGACGUCUCAGACUCUUCGGACACGGAGAACUGAAAGAGCGACGGCAGAGGAGAUCAGGUUCGCUCCGAGAUCUGAUCAGAAAGCACCAGACUGUGACAGAGGCAGAUCAGUGUGACACAGCUGCACUGUACAGGCUGUUAUAGUGAGUUUACCCCUGAGUCAUAAUAUCUUAAUGCACACUGCGUUUUAAUUUGACGUUUUUAUGAGAGCAUGCAGACACCUAAUGCAAUAUGAGCAUUGAGGAGAUCAUGGCCCUUCCAUACAUAAAAAACAGCAUGCUAUAGGAAAAACUUAGCAUAAAAACAGCCUGAAUAAAUAAAACCUAAGUAGACUGACCUUCCUAUCACAUGUAAAUGUGUACAUAUAGAUCUCUAGUUUAAAUGUGUGUGUUAUAUUUAUGUUCAUAUGUCAGCAAGUUGAAACUAUUACUAACGAUGACCUGAAGUUUGUGUUUUCCUGCAGCAUCUAGAGCCGUCAUUUUGUUUGCACUGUAGUUACGUUUGAAGCUAAAGCUGCACUCAGACUUCACAGCUACGUGAAUUUCAUGUUUAUGAAACUGACAAAUAAUGAUGCAGAAAGCCAUAAUGUGAAAAUAAAAAGCUUGAACUGUU